AACCGUUCCACAGAUCAGGUGCUUUGACAAAAAGGCUCUGCUUCCUGGACCCACUAGAUGGCACUCUUUCACAGAAGGGACCUAGUAGAGCAUUGAUUUUGUCGGAUCUAUGCACCAAGCAGAAAAAAUGGGAGGCAGGCAGUCGCAUAACAUGGUCCUGUGCCACAAUAGGUUUUUACUGAUAAUAACCAAUAACUUGGAUUGCAUCGGAAGCCCAUGCAGUUUGGCAAAGACUGGUACAAUAAUUGCCCAGGCCACGGCAUUCUGAACCAGUUACAACUGAAGAGUGAGAGUGUAGUGUGCUGUACUGAUCCAAACAGGAGGUGACCAAGUUCCGUUUCAACAACCCGCGGCUGAAAUGAGCCAGGUGCAUGCAUUUGAUAUCUGGCGAAAAUAAUAAUGCAUUAAAUGAAUAGGCCAUUCAAGAGCUCCUUCCUUUCCUUUGCCGCCUAGGAAAACAAUUUUAUCAAAAAUCGGAAGCUGCUGCUCUUUGGCGGCAGCUAAAAAUCAAUGGCUAGAAACCACUCCUGUUUUUUUUUUUUUUUACCAUUUACUUUCUCCACGUCGAAAUAGCUCAGGGCACUUACAAACACCAAAAAUAUUCCAGGCCUCAGAACACAGUUUACCAAGAGAGCAGCCCCCGCGAAAAGGAGACCACCACGCACACACACUCGGGACGAUUUCAUGAUUUCUCACAGGAAUAACGACAGCAACGUUCGAGAACCAUACCAAGAAAGCCCCUGACGCUUUGCUACCAACCGAGCUCACUGCAGAUGCAAAAAAAAAAAAAAAACACCAGAUGGGCCCGGGCUGCUGUUCAAGAGCCGGGUCUUGCCUCGCAAAAAUCCCAGGCAGCUAAACCGCAGCCGAGGGAGGUAAACCGCAGCCGAGGGAGGGAGCGGAGGGCCGGGCCGGCUUUGACCUCCGCGUCCCCUGCAGAAAGCGCCGCCGCAGAGCGGGAGGAAGAAGAAUAAUAAUAAGAAAAAGCCGCGCCCGAGCUUAGCGCAGGAGCAGCAACAGCGGCUUCUCCGCUGCAACGGACGGGCGUCCCUCUAAGGGGCGCAGCAGUCCAAGCUGCAGUCGGCGGCGUGAAGAUUUCAAAACACAAAACAAAGCCGCGUUUAGUCCUUUGGGCGGAAGUUGACUUGCCGAGCCGGGCGGAGAACUCCGCGUUCCCGAAAAGCGUCACACCACAUCUACACGUCGACCGCGGACCCGGCGUGGUCACGUGAAGAGAGAAAGCAAGUUCAAUCAGAUGACCCGUCACAGGAAGGGGCCAAAAUGGAAAGCCGGUGAAAAGGAAAAGGCAAAGAGAUUAAUGGUGGAGUCACAAUGUCCACCAAGAGGUUGUGUAAUGAAGACUACAAUGAUUACAGUUCAACAGAUGUGACUCCCGAUGGCAGUUUCCCAGAUGGCUUGAACAAUAUUUCCAGCCCAUCAUCCUAUCAACGAUUUGGAGAAACAAAUGGAACAACAUGGUACCAAACUUUAAUACAUCUCUUGAAAGGAAAUGUUGGUACUGGCCUGUUAGGACUUCCGUUAGCAAUCAAAAAUUCUGGUAUUGUGCUGGGUCCCAUCUGCUUGCUUGUGAUUGGAAUCAUCGCAGUACAUUGCAUGGACAUCCUCGUUAAAUGCGCUCACCACCUGUGCCAGAAGCAUCACAAACCAUUUCUGGACUAUGGGGAUGCUGUCAUGCAUGGGCUAGAGGCUGGUCCCUUUUCAUGGCUCAGAACUCAUUCUAUCUGGGGAAGGUACUUAGUGAGUUUUUUCUUAAUUCUUACUCAGCUGGGAUUCUGUUGUGUAUAUUUUGUAUUCCUUGCUGACAAUUUCAGACAGGUUAUAUCUGCUGCCAACGGUACCACCAAUGACUGCAGUGCCAAUGAAACUGCUGUGAGGGCUCCAACAAUGAGCUCUCAGUUAUAUAUCCUGUCCUUCUUACCAUUUGUGAUAUUGCUCGUCUUCAUCCAGAAUCUCAAGAUUCUUUCCAUUUUCUCCAUGAUGGCCAAUAUUUUGAUGUUGAGCAGCCUGAUAAUGUUAUACCAAUACAUUGUCCGGGACAUUCCAAAUCCUAGCCAUCUGCCUAUGGUAGCUGCCUGGAAGACAAUGCCUCUCUUUUUUGGUACAGCCAUCUUUGCCUUUGAAGGCAUUGGAGUGGUGCUCCCUCUAGAAAACAAAAUGAAGAACCCUCAGCACUUUCACACUAUUCUGUAUGUGGGAAUGGCAAUUGUCACCUCGUUCUACCUCAGCUUGGGAACACUAGGAUAUUUGCGCUUUGGAGCUAACAUCCAGCCCAGCAUCACUCUCAAUCUCCCCGACUGUUGGUUGUACCAGUCUGUCAAGCUGCUCUACUCCCUCGGAAUCUUCUUCACUUACGCUCUGCAGUUCUAUGUCCCUGCAGAAAUAAUAAUUCCUGUGGCUGUUUCCAAGAUCCCUGAACGCUGGAGAUUAUGUUGCAAACUGCUGCUGAGAGUAUUCCUGGUCUGCGUAACAUGUACCCUUGCAAUACUGAUUCCUCGCUUGGACAUUGUCAUAGCUCUGGUAGGUUCAGUGAGCAGCAGUGCUCUAGCACUUAUUAUCCCGCCCAUCUUGGAGAUCUUCACCUAUUAUUCGGAAGGCCUGCACCCGCUCAUCCUGGCCAAAGACAUUCUCAUCAGCCUCUUCGGUAUUACUGGCUUUGUUGUGGGGACAUAUGAAUCUCUCUAUGAACUGAUUGUACCAACUGUGUCCAAUGCUACCACUGCUUUACCAUGACACUGUAACCUGUUUCACUUUGAGAAGUUAUCUGCAGUUCGGAUGGAUCUUGAGUUUCUUCAUAGCAACUGCAGAAACCUGGGACUCCUCCUUGCUUUCCAAAUCUAUUUAUUUUAUAGGUUAAACAGAUACGGCUAUGGUUAAAAAGAAGGGGCUCUUAUUUAUUUAUGCUUCUUUUUUUGUAUGGGAUUGAUUUAGGAGAUGUCAUAAAAAACAAAAAAGGUGCUCAGUUAUGAUUAUCCUUACCUGAAAGAAAUUGAAUGUCUUGCAAGCAUCUUGGAUUUUACUAGAUAUCUAGAUCAAGAGCAGUGAAUAUGGGGAGAAUUAAGAAUCCUAAUAUUCCUCACCAGAUCAUUUUUAUGAAGUCUUUUGAGCAUCAUGUUACCAGUUCAUUUUUAUUUUCAUUGUUCUUGUUUUAAACUACUUCAGGCUACCAACUUAGAAACUAUUACCAUAUUUUCCGGUGUAUAAGAUGACUCGGCAUAUAAGACGACCCCCGGCUUCAGGGAAGAUUUGCAUGGUUAGAAAGUCGUCUUAUACGCUGUAAAAUACCGUAUUUUCCGGUGUAUAAG